UACCAACUGAACCAUGUCUGAAUCCCAAAACACCAUCGUCGUUACUGGAGGAGAAACCUUUAUUGGCUACAACAUUGCUCUCCGUCUCUGUGAGGAAAUGGAACGUAGACGCUCCUCCAAGAACUAUAAGGUCCGCGUGCUCUGCUCGAACAAGGAGGGUCUGGAGAAGCUUCAAAAGCGUGGUGCUGAAAUCCAUGUUGUCCGCUACGAGGAUCAAGAAAAUCUUCGUCAGUACUUGAGACACGUUUCAUUGGUUGUCCUUACUCUAAAUGACCGUGAACAGCGUGCCCAGGAUGCUCGUAACAUCAUUGAGGCUGCCCAACAAGAAAGAAGCCAGAGUAUCCAAUUGAUCUCUCACAUCGGUUGCGACCGUGCCAACGAGAACCAGCGUGGUCUUUAUGACUUCCAGCAGGUUGAGGAGUGUCUCAAGAACAAGUACCAGAAUGGCAGAUGGGUUAUCCUCCGUUUGAACUUUGUACAACAAUGGUUCUACUUGUGGUCUCCUAUGAUUGAAGACCAUGGCAAGCUUCGUCUUAAUGUUAACGAAGACAGCAAGUUUUCCCCUGUUAGCAUGAACGAUGUCUUGGAUGCCAGUGUCAAAGUAGCCUGCAAGAACCAAAAUGAUGAAGAGUUCUGUGUUUGCGAACAGUACAAUCAGAAGACCCUCCAAUUCACUGGCCGAGAUGCUAUCAGCGCUCGGGAAAUUGCCAAUGAACUCAGCCGUGCCGUGGAAGGCAGACAAAUUCAAUUUGAAAGCAUUUCCAAGGAAGAAAUGAAGCAGUACUUUGAGCAAAUUCGCCAAGACCAGCGCAUGCUCCUCUCCUCCAUGCAAGUAUUUGAGAAGUCUUCACAAGACUCCCAGACCAAGCACGACAAGGAGAACCUCAUUCCCCAAGGCAAAUAUCUCACCGAUGCUGUUAUCAAUCAAACCUUGAAUUACUUGGAACUCGUCAGAGAAAACCAGGUCAACCAGGUUACUUCUGACAUCCGCAAGGUCACCGGCAAUGAGCCCAUCAGCUUGAAGAACUUCUUUAAGGAUAACCGUGAUCAAUUCCGCGGUCGUUAAUCUGUUCAAAUUACACUUUGCGCGAACCUUUGACAACACAUGAAAGUUCGAAUAGGAAAACCUUCCAUUAGCUCAUGUUUUUCAGUUUUUUUCUUUCUUAUUUUCUUCUUCUCGUACAUGUGUUUAGUUUCUGUAGCAAUCGUACCAGGCUCAAUCCAAAUAAAAAAGAUAU